UGGGGAGCGUCGUGUGUCUGCGUUGGUGUUGGUUUGGGGACAGUUGGUGACCAGAGCGUGUCUAGCCUAUAAGUGCGCUUUUCGAAAUCUCAUCUUCACGUCGAGUUGGCUGAUAGAAGUGCACUAGUCCCAGGAAAAGUCGAUCCUGUACUGGGACGAGUGAGAGGCAGGGGUGUACGAUUACGCAGUAGGGAUCCGUUUGUGCGCCUGUUUCCAAAUCCUGACUUCUGAUUUUUGGAGAUCAUGGCUAUUCACGAAGAAGCUUUGAACAAAAAGCUGAACAAGAAGAGAAAAAAGAAGCUUGAAAAGCUGCAGAAGCAAAAGGAAUCAGAAGCAUCAGCCAAGACUGAAGAGCAGCCUCAAGCUGAUGAGCCAGAGGUUCAAGAUCAGAAGGAAGAUCAUGAAGGCUCUAAACAGAAAUCAGGAGGUACUCCCUCAGUGCCAGGUGCCUCUUGGAUGGGGGUGAACCCAGUGAUCGAGACGUCCUUUGAGAGCCUCAAGGACAGAGUGUGUGAAUUCACACUGCGGGCCAUCAAAGACAUGAGUUUUACCGAUAUGACGCCAAUCCAGGCGCGCUCCAUCCCGGCCCUGCUGGAGGGCAAGGACCUGGUGGGCGCCGCCAAGACCGGCUCCGGCAAGACGCUCGCCUUCCUCGUGCCGGCCGUCGAGCUCAUGUUCAAGCUCAAGUUCAUGCCUCGCAACGGCACCGGCGUGAUCAUCAUCUCUCCGACGCGCGAGCUCAGCAUGCAGACGUUCGGCGUGCUGAAGGAGCUGAUGGCGCACCACUUCCACACGUACGGCCUCAUCAUCGGCGGCACCAACCGGCAGUCGGAGGCGCAGAAGCUGGCCAACGGGGUCAAUAUAAUUGUGGCCACACCGGGCCGCCUGCUGGACCACCUGCAGAACACGGCCAACUUCCUCUUCAAGAACCUGCAGUGUUUGGUCAUCGACGAGGCCGACCGCAUCCUCGACAUCGGCUUCGAGGACGAGAUGAAGCAGAUCAUCAAGCUGCUGCCCAAGCGGCGACAGACGAUGCUGUUCAGCGCCACCACCACCAAGAAGGUGAAGGACCUGGAGACGCUGGCGCUCAAGACGGACCCCGUCUACGUGGGCGUGGAUGACCUGGAGGAGAAGGCCACCGUGUCGGGCCUCGAGCAGGGGUAUGUGGUCUGCCCUUCGGAGAAGCGGUUUAUGCUGUUGUUCACCUUCCUGAAGAAGAACAGGAAAAAGAAGGUGAUGGUGUUCUUCAGCAGCUGCAUGUCUGUCAAGUUCCACAAUGAGCUGCUCAACUACAUUGACCUGCCAGUCAUGUGCAUACACGGUAAGCAGAAACAAUCGAAGCGGACGACCACCUUCUUCCAGUUCUGCAACGCCGACUCGGGCAUCUUGCUGUGCACGGACGUGGCGGCGCGCGGCCUGGACAUCCCGGCCGUGGACUGGAUUGUCCAGUUCGACCCGCCCGACGACCCCAAGGAGUACAUCCACCGCGUGGGCCGGACGGCGCGCGGCAUGGAGGGGCGCGGCCACGCGCUGCUGAUCCUGCGGCCCGAGGAGCUCGGCUUCCUGCGCUUCCUCAAGCACGCCAAGGUGCCGCUGAACGAGUUCGAGUUCUCCUGGGCCAAGAUCGCCGACAUCCAGAGCCAGCUGGAGCGGCUCAUCACCAAGAACUACUUUCUGAACCAGUCGGCAAAGGAGGCAUUCCGCGCCUACGUGCACGCGUACAACUCGCACAGCCUCAAGACCAUCUUCGACAUCGAGCAGCUGGACCUGAAGGGCGUGGGUCGCUCGUUCGGCUUCACCGUGCCGCCGGCCGUCGAGCUGAAGGCGCACGCCUCCAAGGAGGGCCGCGCGCGCAAGCGCGGCGGCGGCGGCGGCGCCGCCUUCAUGCACGACGAGCAGCAGCGCGCCAAGAAGGCCAAGAUGUACUCGCGGCCGAAGCCGGGCAAGGGGUUCGUCAGAUGAGGCGGUGGCGGCGUUGACGGCGGGAGGUGGAGGCCGAGGCGCGACAUGGCCGGGCCGGCCUGGGCUGCCUCGGCUGGCUGGGGGACCAGCGGCGGCCGCCGGAGCU